CUUUUUUCAGAGCAAAUGAAAAUGGCCAAUUUGGAGGCUUGAACAUGCUCGAAAACUCACCAAAAUUUGCACGUACAUACAGCUUGGCGUAAAUUUUGAUAAUUUUGCAACCUCUCAACAAAAAAACAACAAAAUGGCUUAAAUUUUUCAAAAAGGCCUCUCCUAUUAGGCUUUUUCAACGUAGAGUGAAUACAUUUUGGUUUUGAAGAAGGGCAUGGCUGCACAGUUCAGUAGCGCCUCCUUUUUUGUAGGACCCUCUUCAAUAGGGUUUCUUUCUCCUAGGUGUGUGAAUGAAUUUUUUAUCCCCCCUAAAAAGACACGUGUUUCGAGCAAGUGUGGAGAUGAUGUGAGGGAGAACGAUCUGCCACCACCCUGACCUGCGUGCCGUCCGAGUUCGCGUAAUGUCAGAGUUGUGCCAAAGUGUGAGGGCCCAUUCAGUCCUGCUUGCAGCCCUAGUUUUUUUUUUUUUUUUUUUUUAUUCAUUUUGACUGGGACGCCAGUCAAAAUGUAUUGGACGUCUAUUGCUGUCAAUGAGUUAAGAGGUUGAGACUUCAAGCCCAAUAAUAUAUUACCGUCGGUGUUUUAGUCAAAUAUUAGCGUUGCGACGCGGCCGCCUAAACUCUGCUGCAAUGCUCAGUCGCCAUGGCAACGGCUCUCCUCCCUCUCCGCGGACGUAUAACUCCUCGCCGCCUCUUCCCUGCGGACACAUUCAUUCGUUGCCAGAUUCAUUGGCUGUCGGCUGGCUGGAAACAAAAAGUUUCUGUUUUAAUUAGUUUGCCGCAGUGUGUGUGGCCGCGUCAUCCAUCUAUCUGUGUCGCCGCUUCCACCUACACCAGCGCUGGCCUUGCCGUCGUCUCUAUCGCGCCCCGCUGGCUCUCUGGUGUAAUUAAAGCCAGCCCGUGCGGAUAAUAGAAGCGUAAUGGUGUGUAAUUGUGAUAAUCAAUACAUAGUGCAUACUAAAGAAGUCAGCGUUUAUGAAUUUAGAGCGGAGCAGUCCACGCUCGCUCACUAUCUGGCACGCUUCAUAGAGCGGGAGUGACCUUGAAGGGGACGCCUCAGUUAUUAAAGAGCGUUUAACACAUUGGCUGCCAUUGACAGGCAUGGUAAGGCUGGUUGACAUAUCCUUUAAAGGUUUUGUGAUUGUUGUUCAAAAUGUUGGCACUAUAAGUCUUAACUACUUGGAUCCCCACCGUUAUCUUCGAAAAGUGGUACGACCGCAACUUGAAAACAGCGGGGUCACCUGAGCAGCCAGACAAUGUGAGGAGCUGCCAAAAGUCGCCAAAAUUGACAUUUUUCCUCUUAUCUGGAACUCACCUGGAUCAUUCUGAUGAAUGUGAACACACAGAUAAGAGGGAAGAAGCGCGGGAAUUGAUGAUCCCUGAGCGCCGUCCUGGAAGGGGAUUUGUGACGCGCGAAGGAGGAGCGGGUGAUCGUGAAGGGACGAGGAGGAGAGAGAAUGGGCUGCUCCUUUAUUAUCAUCCUGUUGCUUUGCAUCACAUGUCGAAGGGUCUUGGCGCAAGCUGAAGUUUGCCGGACCGCAGUGCAAGCUGAUAUCGUCUUCUUGGUGGAUGAGUCAUGGAGCGUCGGAAUGAGCGGCUUCUCCGAGGUUCAAGACUUCAUCUCGGCGAUGCUCUCCUCUUUCGACGGCAGCCUCGUGGGAGCCCAGGGCGUCCGCUUCGGGGUCACGGUCUUCGGGGACGUGCCCAGGAUGCGCAUCGCUCUGACGGACCACGACUCCCUGAAGGAGGUGCUGGACGCCAUCCGGGUCCUACCGUAUGAAGGCGGAGCCAGGAAGACGGGCGCCGCCCUCCAUUUUCUGUCAGAGCAGGUUUUCAGCCCCGCCAUCAGUCGAGACCAUGCACCCAAGGUGGCCAUUUUGAUCACCAACGGACCCUCGGACGACCCCUUCGCCGCCGCAGCCAAAGAAGUGGCCGACAAGGGGAUUUCGCUGUUUGCGGUCGGUUUAAGGGGAGCUGAUGAGGCCGAGCUGAGGACCGUAGUGUCCCCGCCGCAUGAGGAGCACCUUUUGAUGGGUGUCGAUUUCUCCCUCCUGGAGAGCGUCCUCCCCAAAUUGUCCCGCCGAGUGUGUUUCACCGCCUCGGAGCCGCCGCGACCCGUCAAAGCAAUCCAGCCUGUCAAAGAACCCGUCACGGGUCCAAGAGACCUUCAAGCAAGCGAACUCGCAUACAGCUCGCUCCGACUGACGUGGACUGCGGCGACAGGUGACAUCGCUUCCUAUCGACUCUUCGUCAUCCCCCUCAGUUCCAGCGGGAAACCUGUUCAUACACAACGCAGACAGAUUGAUAUUAAAGCAGAUGUGACGACAACGUUGGUGGAGGAUCUCAACCCCAAAACAUCCUAUUCCUUGACCGUAUACGCCGUGUACCCAGGCCUCAUUGGAGAGUCCGCAACUACAACUGUCCAGACAACACCCUUACCUCGAGUAUUAAACUUCCGUGUCAUCGAAGAAGGUCUUUUCUCGCUCCGUCUGGGAUGGACGCCUCCUCUCAAGAAGCUCAACGGAUUCAAGAUCUUUAUCCCGAGACCCGACCGACCGGGCUUUGUGUACGAGCAGCUGCUCCCGGGAGAUGCGUCUUCUCACGUGAUUGACAGCCUGGAGGAGGACAAAGAGUACACCAUCAGUAUUCAUGCGAUUUAUCAACAGGGACCGAGUGAACCUGUGUCCAUUGUGGGAAAGACAUUAAAGUUGGUCGCAAUUGAAGAACUCCUUGUCCAGAAUGCCACCACUGACACGGUGCAGGCCAAAUGGACGCCAGUUAAAGGCGCUACAGGAUAUCGUCUCACGUGGGCUUCACCAGACGGCCACAUUGAAAACAUCAACCUGAGGGACACCUUCGACUUCUACAUGAUUCAGGGCCUCCACGCGGGCGCCGAGUACACCAUCACCAUGAACCCAAUCUUCGGAGACAUUGAGGGGCCCGUCACGUCCGCCAAAGUCGAGACAUUGGACAGCAGCGCCGUGCAGACCUUGAAGGUCUCGGCCGUCAGCACCAGCACGGCGGUCGUCACGUGGAACGGCGUGUCGGGGGCCACGGGGUACCGGCUGGCUUGGGGACCCACAAUAGAGUUCGCGGGUCGAGACCGCCCCAGGCAGUUAGCGCUGAAUGGAACCACCAUUGAGUACCAGCUGAAAAACUUGGCCCAUGACACGGAGUAUGCCUUGACUCUUUAUGUGCUGUUCGGAUCAGUGGUUGGCCCUGGCAUCACUGCAACCUUCCGAACAUCUCCUCUAGGUUACGUGUCCAGUUUUGAAGUGACAUCCUACACCAGCACUUCCAUCGACGUGCAGUGGAGUCCAAUAGUUGGCGCGACUGAAUACAAAAUCACCUGGAAUGCAGACGACGGCAGCUCGCAGUCGCGCUAUUUGGACAACAGCGUCCUCGCUUAUCACAUCACGGAGCUUAACCCGCACUCGGUUUAUACGGUGACAGUCCGUGCCAUAUAUGGUAACACCGAGGGUCCGGAAAUCUCCUUAAUGCAAGUCACAGCUGCUGCCUUGGAUUCCGAGCCACCCCAGCUGGUGAAGGAGGUCAAGAUUGUUGACACUGGUGUUAACUCCGUCACCCUCUCCUGGAAGCAAACGCCUGGUGCAAGCGGCUACAAAAUCUCCUGGAUCCAUUUCACAGGGGGAGAAGAGAGGUCCAUUACGCUCCCGGCCGGUGUGACAACUUUUACUAUCAAGAACCUACGCGAGGGUUCGGCCUACAAGAUCCAAGUGUCGUCCGUGGCGGGAAACCGGGAGGGAAGUUCUGUCCUGGUCACAGCACGAACAUUGGACCUCCCAAAAGUGACUGGCUUUACAGCCGUCAACACCACGAACAGCAGCACGAUUUUGAGCUGGAACCGAGUAGCGGGUGUCUCCGGCUAUCUCCUCAGCUGGAGGCACAUCUCAGUGUUUGAGACCAAAAAAGAAACGCUGGGUCUGAGUUUCACCUCUUUUAAGAUUGGGGAUCUCCUGUAUGGCAGAACAUAUAUUUUCUCCAUUCGGCCUUUGUAUGGGCAAGUGGAAGGGCCGAUCAGCACCGUUUAUCAGAGGAUUGUGGGGCAGCAUCCUCCGGUGUCCCAGGCAACAACAAUGGCCCCUCAUUUCGUAGCCAGCACGACAACCCCUCAAACAUCUACUAAAAUCACCAAAAACCCAAUAAUUGAGCUGCCCAUUCAUACUCCUAAGACGCCAAAUCAACCAACAGUAACCCCUGUGUUCACUACAUCGACUGCUACGACGUCAUCAAGAGCAGAUUGCAGCCAGACCAAACUUGACUUGGUCUUCUUGGUGGACGAAUCGUCGAGCAUCGGUGCCAACAACUUUGACAAGAUGAAAGACUUCAUAGUCCGGGUGGUGACGCACUUCCCGCUCAUUGGCCAGGAAGGCACACAAAUAGCUGUGGUUCAUUUCAGCGAUGAGCCUCGCAUUGAAUUCCAACUCAACCAUCACAAAGACCGGAACUCUGUCCUGAGAGGGAUCAAGGGGUUACAUUACGGAGGGGGCAACACCAAAACAGGAAAGGGCAUCAGCUACGUCCUGCAGGAAAUGUUCCAGGAGUCCCUGGGCAUGAGGCGGGACGUGGCCCAUGUUCUGGUACUGAUAACAGACGGCAGGGCCCAGGACGACGUGGACCAUCCCUCCAGGAUUGCCCGUGCUUUAGGCGUCAGCAUCCUGGCGGUGGGCGUAGCCAACGCUGACCUGCAAGAGUUGAGUCGAGUGGCAGCCCCCGGCAGCUACAAGAACGUCUUCUUCUCGCCGACCUUUGACGACUUUCCGUCCGUCGAGAGAGAAUUUAUUGACAGUGUCUGCGGCGAGGAGCUCAUUUCAGAGUUUCAACUGCGGCGGGAUACUGAGCUGACUCAGACGGACGCACCUACUGAUGACCUGAAGGAGCCUGCCGGACCUUUAGCCCCUUGCCAGUGUGUCAAGGGUCAGAAAGGAGAAAGAGGUGAUGGCCUGGGAGGAGGUCUGAGAUUCAGGCAAACUCCUGGACACUAUGAUCCUUUCACUUCCUCUAAAGGAGAAAAGGGUGAAAAGGGACCUCCUGGUACAGAUGGCGUUCCUGGGCUCCCUGGCCGGCCUGGAAGAACCGGACCCCCGGGUUCUGCUGGCCAGCGGGGUACUCCAGGUGGACCAGGAGAUAUGGGUCCUCAAGGUGUUCCCGGUCCAAAAGGACAGAGAGGAGAACGAGGAGAACCUGGGUAUGUGAUAGCAAGCCCAGAUGCAAACUUCAUUCCUGGGCAAAAAGGAGAACCCGGAUCCUCGGGUCCUCCAGGAUCGCCUGGUGUUCCGGGAGUCAUUGGAGUCCCUGGUCUGCCAGGCCCAGUUGGACCACCAGGAAUAUCUGUCAAGGGCGAGCCAGGUGAAAAGGGUUUGCGUGGGAAGCCGGGAACGAAGGGCGACACCGGAGAAGCUGGAAGUCCAGGAAUCGCAGGCUUUCCAGGACGUGCCGGCGUCGAUGGCUUACCGGGUGUGAAAGGAGAGAAGGGCGAAAAUUGUGACACCUUACAUGGAGCUCAAGGAACCCACAGAGAACCAAGAGAGAAGGGAAAAGCGGGUCCAAUCGGUCCAAAGGGAGAAAUUGGGCCACAAGGUGUCCAAGGAGCCAUCGGACCUCGGGGAAAAAAGGGAUUCAAAGGCGAGCAAGGGGACAAAGGGGAACGAGGAGAGCGGGGGCUCGACGGAGCGCAAGGACCCACAGGUCCAACGGGGCUUAUUGGAAUCAAGGGUGAUGAAGGACCAAGAGGAGCCCCUGGAGACGCCAAUGGUAUUAUUGGUCCGACUGGCAAAAAGGGCGUCCGGGGAGACCUUGGUCCAAUUGGUCCCCCAGGUGCUCUGGGAACCAAGGGUGAACGAGGAGACAAAGGAGAAAAGGGAAGUCCAGGUUUUGGGAUUCCGGGCCUGGAGGGGCCCAAAGGGGAAAGUGGCGAGCGGGGAAACGUCGGUUUAUCUGGAAAACCAGGGCCAAAGGGACAGGACGGUCCCAAAGGCGACAAGGGGGAUAUGGGCUCACCUGGAAAUCCUGGCGAAACAGGAUUAAGAGGUAAAGAUGGCCAACCUGGAGCGAAAGGAGAACAAGGGAUAAAGGGAGAGCAAGGACCGCACGGAGCAACUGGUGACCCAGGAACAAGGGGACCAUCGGGACUUCAGGGGCGACCGGGAGACAAGGGAGAUAUUGGAAACACCGGACCGACUGGGCGCGACGGAGAAAAAGGCGACAAAGGCGAGCCGGGAAAGCCUGGACCUCCGGGAACGCAGCCACUCGGAGGCAAUAUCUUCACCAGAGUCAUCAAGGGAGAACCGGGAUUAAGAGGCGAAACGGGCCCGCCUGGACCGAGAGGUCCUGAGGGUAAACCCGGACUACCGGGAUCCUCUCUGGCCGGUUCUGGAAAAGACGGACUUAACGGUUUGACAGGAGAACCGGGCGUAAAGGGGGAGCAAGGAGCGCCUGGUCCUAAGGGCGAACAAGGUUGGAUCGGCAUCGCCGGAAUGCCCGGAUUACCAGGAACGCCGGGACGAGCCGGCGUCGACGGCAAACGGGGACUCCCGGGAAAAGACGGAGAGGAGGGACAAAAAGGGGAAGAAGGGAAAAAGGGGGAGAAAGGCGACACAGGCGCAAGUGGUCAGAACGGUAGUAAAGGAGAAGCUGGACCCCCGGGUCCACCUGGGAAGCAGGUCCUCGUCACCACAGAGGGUGCCACCAUUGACGAAAUCCGCCAAGCCUUUCCCGUACCGAUGGGCCCUCCGGGAGCGACGGGCUCUCCAGGAAUGAAGGGAGAGAAAGGAGACGUUGGCGUGACAGGCCAAAAGGGUGAUCCUGGGAAAUCAGUGGAGAUGAAGGACAUUGAGGCAAUGUUUGAAAGCUACGGCAUCAAGCUGCCUGUGUUGAAGGCUUUAAUGGACAGGCUGCUGCAGGACGGCACGGAGGAGCUGCUUCGCACACUCGGCAGCGCCGCGAAAGCUCAGACAAACGAAGACACGCCGACCUCCAACAUCAUCACUGAGUACACUAGCUCAGAAAAGAGCGAAUUUUCCAACCAGUCGCUGUUCGACACCAUCGAGGAAUUUGAGUUGGACCAACCGACACAGCCUGACUCCUGGAAUGAUACUACAGAAGGUCCAACGUUAUGGACUGUGCCACCAAAGAAAGAAAAGGUGGAGAAAAAGGCAGGUAGAAAAGGUUCAGGACAUAAGAGGAAGGGGAAAGGAAAUAAAGGACGGCAAGCGAGGCACACGCAUCACCUGACGGGGGAGCGGCGGGCGGAGGAGGAGUUUUACGAGGCCCGAGAUUACGAGCGGGAGGAGGACGAAGAGUCGCUGCCGUCGCCUCCUGUCGACAAACAGGACGCAGACAAGAGCACAAACUUUAGUGGAAGCGGGCCUGAUGACGAGGAAUGGAGCGGCGAUUGGCGGGAGGAAGACGUGGACCAGGAGGAAGAAGAGUGGGAAAAGCUCGAAACGGAGACGACGGACGAGGGCGAAGGCGGGCAGCCUUACCCGUACCCCCCGGAAUAUUUUUUUCUCAAGGGACAACCAGGUGAAGAUGGAAUGCAAGGUCCAAAGGGCGACGUCGGAGAGAAGGGACAAAAGGGAGAGCCGGGUAUCGGCCACAGAGGGCCCGAAGGCCGGGCAGGUCUGCCUGGUAACAAGGGCGAACCGGGAGAGGAAGGGCCUCCCGGUGCUCAGGGAAUCCAAGGCAUACGCGGGAUCCCUGGUGACCAGGGCCCCCCGGGCCACAGGGGCCCCCCCGGGGACCUUGGCGAGCCUGGCCGAGAGGGUGAGCGAGGAAAGCGAGGAAAAAAUGGAACGCCAGGAAGCAAGGGACCCCCGGGAUCACAGGGGCUUCAUCAGGGAUCCCCUGGCGUGCCUGGAAUAAAAGGAGAAAAGGGUGCGAGUAUUCCAGGAGAACCUGGGCCUCGCGGUUUGAACGGCUUUCCUGGAAAAAGGGGUGAAAUGGGAACACCGGGUGUGAAGGGAGGCACCGGACUUGUUGGCCCCAAAGGUUUACGUGGUUUCAAAGGUUUAAAGGGUGAACGCGGGGCUCCAGGAAUCAGAGGAGAAAGGGGAAGCGCGCUUCAAGUUCACGGGCCUCGCGGUUUAAAAGGCGUCAAAGGCGACGCGGGGGAGCGAGGCUCGCCGGGGUUUGAGGGCGACAAAGGAGAAAAAGGCGAGGACGGCCCACCUGGAUUCAAGGGUAUAAAGGGGGACGCGGGUACGAAAGGCGCUUUGGGUCGAUUUGGCGCCCGAGGACCGGGCGGGCAGAAGGGAGAUCCGGGAGAACCAGGCGAGCUCGGAAUCAUGGGUCAUCCCGGAAAUGACGGCGUGAACGGCACCAAAGGCGACAAAGGAGACGUUGGAGUAAAAGGUCUAAAGGGAAUUCAGGGCGAUUCAGGAGAAACAGGGUCACCUGGUGAAAAGGGAGCGAAGGGGGAAAAGGGCUUCCGUGGCUUCCCGGGACGCUUCGGGAUUCCCGGCUUCCAUGGUGAAAAGGGGGACACAGGCUUACCUGGCAACCCUGGCGUACCCGGCAUGAACGGACUCGCUGGACGAAAGGGCGACAAAGGUCACGCUGGCAUCAACGGCAUGGAUGGUAACGCUGGAGGAAAAGGUGAAAAGGGCGCUGCCGGUUUCCCGGGUUUCCCCGGUUUCAAGGGCUCACCAGGAAGACCAGGCGACAUCGGAAACCAGGGACCGCCGGGUAGCCCCGGAUCCCGUGGGGUCCCGGGGUCCAAGGGCGAGAGGGGGCGCAGGGGGAAAGCGCAGCCGUGCCAAGCAGGAGCGCCAGGAACCCCUGGACUCAGAGGACAGAAUGGCCUGUCGGGUAUCGGGGGCGCCAAAGGCGAAAAAGGGGAACCGGGCAUAUCGGCUCAUGAAGUGAAGAACAUCAUCACGCAGGAGGUGACGGACAAGUGCGGUUUGGCGUAUAAGUUGAUGGUGAAGUCUGUGGACCCCGACGGGAGGUCCGCGCCCGCCGUACCUGAUGAGGAAGACUACGAUGAGGAAGGGUCAGAAACGCAGCAAGGAUUCCCGACGAAUGACAGCACCGUGGAGAUGCUCCAAAGGGAAAAAAUAGGACUUUUUGGAAGCACGUCCUCCAGGUCCGAGCGCUGCCUGGAGCCCAUGUCGGAGGGCACGUGCUCCGACUAUGCCCUCUUGUGGUUUUUCCACGCCGAGGCAGACGACUGCCGACCGUUCGUGUACGGCGGCUGCGGCGGAAACAGCAACCGUUUCCCGUCACGUCGCGAAUGUCUCAAACACUGCGUGAUAAGGGGCCGACAAGAUGAAAACAGCGCCUAAACAUGAAGAGGAAACUUUUUUUUGUACUGUACAGGAUUGCUAUUUAUACAUAUGCAGUAAAAAUUGGAUGUCUAUCACCGCUAAUGGCACUGUAACAUAAUCACCGCAAAGCUGAAGACUUGAAGCACCCAUCUUCUCCGCAGCGGUUCGUGACGCCAAAAUAA